AUGGCACAGAGAUCUGGACAGGAAGAUCCAGAGAGAUACCUCUUUGUGGAUAGGGCUGUAAUCUACAACCCUGCCACCCAGGCUGAUUGGACUGCUAAGAAGUUGGUGUGGAUUCCUUCAGAGCGCCAUGGGUUUGAGGCAGCCAGCAUCAAGGAGGAAAAAGGGGAUGAAGUGUUGGUCGAACUGGCAGAGAAUGGAAAGAAAGCACUGGUCAAUAAAGAUGACAUUCAGAAGAUGAAUCCUCCCAAGUUCUCUAAAGUGGAAGACAUGGCAGAACUAACCUGUUUAAAUGAAGCCUCAGUAUUGCAUAACUUAAAGGAUCGGUAUUACUCUGGGCUCAUCUAUACCUAUUCAGGGCUGUUCUGCGUAGUUAUAAAUCCUUACAAGAACCUCCCGAUUUAUUCAGAAAACAUUAUUGAGAUGUACAGAGGGAAGAAGCGCCAUGAAAUGCCACCGCACAUUUAUGCAAUAUCUGAAUCUGCGUAUAGAUGCAUGCUACAAGACCGUGAGGACCAAUCAAUUCUCUGCACAGGUGAAUCUGGUGCCGGGAAGACUGAAAACACUAAGAAGGUUAUUCAAUACCUUGCUCAUGUUGCUUCCUCCCAUAAAGGAAGAAAGGACCAUAAUAUUCCUCCCGAAUCACCUAAACCCGUGAAACAUCAGGGGGAGCUGGAGCGUCAGCUUCUUCAGGCGAAUCCCAUUCUGGAAUCCUUUGGGAAUGCAAAGACAGUGAAGAAUGACAACUCUUCCCGCUUUGGCAAGUUCAUUAGGAUUAACUUUGAUGUUACUGGUUAUAUUGUUGGGGCCAACAUUGAGACAUACUUGUUGGAAAAGUCUCGUGCUGUUCGUCAGGCUAAAGAUGAGCGGACAUUUCAUAUCUUCUAUCAACUACUAGCUGGAGCAGGAGAACACCUGAAGUCUGACUUGCUGCUUGAAGGAUUUAACAAUUACAGAUUUUUAUCUAAUGGCUACAUCCCCAUUCCUGGGCAACAAGACAAGGAUAACUUUCAGGAGACUAUGGAAGCCAUGCAUAUCAUGGGAUUUUCGCAUGAUGAGAUCCUGUCAAUGCUGAAAGUGGUGUCUUCAGUGCUGCAAUUUGGAAAUAUUUCCUUUAAGAAGGAGAGAAAUACCGAUCAAGCUUCUAUGCCAGAGAAUACUGUCGCACAGAAACUCUGCCAUCUACUGGGAAUGAAUGUAAUGGAGUUCACCCGGGCCAUACUUACACCGCGCAUCAAAGUUGGCAGAGACUACGUUCAGAAAGCCCAGACCAAAGAACAAGCAGACUUUGCAGUGGAAGCUUUGGCAAAGGCCACCUAUGAACGGCUGUUCCGCUGGCUUGUUCACCGCAUUAAUAAAGCUUUGGACAGGACCAAACGACAGGGAGCGUCUUUUAUUGGAAUUCUGGAUAUUGCUGGAUUUGAAAUCUUUGAGUUGAACUCCUUUGAGCAACUCUGCAUUAACUACACCAAUGAGAAGCUACAACAGUUAUUUAACCACACAAUGUUUAUCCUGGAGCAAGAGGAGUACCAACGAGAGGGUAUAGAGUGGAAUUUUAUUGACUUCGGACUGGAUCUGCAGCCUUGCAUUGACUUAAUUGAAAGACCUGCAAAUCCUCCUGGUGUGUUAGCAUUACUGGAUGAAGAGUGCUGGUUCCCUAAAGCUACUGACAAGACAUUUGUGGAAAAAUUGGUCCAAGAGCAAGGAACCCACUCCAAGUUCCAAAAGCCAAGACAGCUAAAGGACAAAGCAGAUUUCUGCAUUAUUCACUAUGCAGGGAAGGUGGACUACAAGGCGGAUGAGUGGUUGAUGAAGAAUAUGGACCCCCUGAACGACAAUGUGGCCACACUCUUGCACCAGUCUUCCGACAAAUUUGUUGCAGAACUUUGGAAGGAUGAGAUUCAGAAUAUUCAGAGAGCCUGUUUCUAUGACAAUAUUACUGGCCUUCAUGAUCCACCAGUGGAUCGUAUUGUGGGUCUGGAUCAGGUCACUGGAAUAACAGAGACAGCUUUUGGCUCUGCGUACAAGACCAAGAAGGGCAUGUUUCGUACUGUCGGCCAACUGUACAAAGAAUCUCUCACCAAGCUGAUGGCAACGCUCCGAAACACUAAUCCCAAUUUUGUUCGCUGCAUCAUUCCAAAUCAUGAAAAGAGGGCUGGAAAAUUGGAUCCACAUCUGGUUCUAGAUCAGCUUCGUUGCAAUGGUGUUUUGGAAGGAAUAAGGAUUUGUCGACAAGGAUUUCCAAACAGGAUAGUGUUCCAGGAAUUUAGACAGAGGUAUGAGAUCCUUACUCCCAAUGCAAUUCCGAAAGGUUUUAUGGAUGGUAAGCAAGCCUGUGAGCGCAUGAUCAGAGCAUUAGAGCUGGACCCCAACUUAUACAGAAUUGGACAGAGCAAGAUCUUCUUCCGAGCUGGUGUCUUGGCACACUUAGAAGAAGAACGGGAUCUGAAGAUCACAGAUAUCAUCAUCUUCUUCCAGGCAGUCUGUAGAGGAUACCUGGCUAGGAAGGCCUUUGCAAAGAAACAACAGCAACUGAGUGCACUGAAAAUCCUGCAGAGGAAUUGUGCUGCAUAUUUAAAGCUUAGGCACUGGCAGUGGUGGAGAGUCUUCACAAAGGUGAAGCCUCUUCUUCAGGUCACUCGUCAAGAAGAAGAACUUCAAGCCAAGGAUGAGGAGCUAAUGAAAGUGAAAGAAAAACAGACAAAAGUGGAGGCAGAACUUGAGGAAAUGGAAAGGAAACAUCAACAGCUUCUAGAAGAGAAGAACAUUCUUGCAGAACAGCUACAGGCUGAGACAGAGCUCUUUGCAGAAGCUGAGGAGAUGAGGGCUCGCUUGGCUGCCAAAAAACAAGAGCUGGAAGAAAUUCUCCAUGAUUUGGAGUCCAGGGUUGAGGAGGAAGAGGAAAGAAACCAAAUAUUGCAGAAUGAGAAAAAGAAAAUGCAGGGCCAUAUUCAGGACCUGGAGGAACAGCUUGAUGAGGAGGAGGGAGCUCGACAGAAGUUGCAGCUUGAAAAAGUGACAGCUGAAGCUAAGAUCAAGAAGAUGGAGGAAGAGAUCCUACUGUUGGAGGACCAAAAUUCCAAAUUUUUGAAGGAAAAGAAGCUGAUGGAGGAUCGAAUUGCUGAAUGUACUUCUCAGCUGGCUGAAGAAGAAGAAAAGGCCAAAAACCUGGCGAAACUCAAGAACAAGCAGGAAAUGAUGAUCACUGAUUUGGAAGAGCGCUUAAAAAAGGAGGAGAAGACCCGUCAAGAAUUAGAAAAAGCUAAAAGAAAACUUGAUGGUGAAACAACAGACCUACAGGACCAAAUAGCGGAGCUGCAGGCCCAGAUAGAAGAACUGAAGAUCCAGCUGGCCAAGAAAGAGGAAGAACUGCAGGCUGCUCUUGCUAGAGGUGAUGAAGAAGCAGUUCAGAAAAACAAUGCACUGAAAGUGAUAAGAGAGUUGCAGGCUCAAAUUGCAGAACUCCAGGAGGAUCUUGAAUCUGAAAAGGCAUCACGCAACAAGGCGGAAAAGCAGAAAAGAGAUUUAAGUGAAGAGUUGGAGGCUUUAAAAACUGAAUUGGAAGAUACCUUGGAUACCACUGCAGCACAGCAGGAGCUGAGGACAAAGAGAGAACAGGAGGUGGCUGAAUUGAAGAAAGCAAUUGAAGAGGAAACCAAAAACCAUGAAGCACAGAUCCAGGAAAUCAGACAGAGGCAUGCUACUGCCUUGGAAGAGCUCUCUGAGCAACUUGAACAGGCCAAAAGGUUCAAAGCAAAUCUUGAAAAAAACAAGCAAGGUCUAGAGUCCGACAACAAGGAGUUAGCCUGUGAAGUGAAGGUACUGCAGCAGGUCAAGGCAGAGUCUGAACAUAAGAGGAAGAAGCUUGAUGCUCAGGUACAAGAGCUAACUGCUAAGGUCACGGAAGGAGAAAGACUGAGGGUGGAACUGGCGGAGAAAGCUAACAAGCUGCAGAACGAGUUGGAUAAUGUCUCAAGUCUCCUGGAGGAAGCAGAGAAGAAAGGCAUUAAGUUUGCCAAGGAUGCGGCUAGCUUGGAAUCUCAGCUUCAGGAUACACAGGAGCUGCUUCAGGAAGAAACCCGCCAGAAACUCAACCUGAGCAGCAGGAUUAGGCAGCUGGAAGAGGAGAAGAACAACCUGCAAGAGCAGCAGGAAGAGGAAGAGGAGGCCAGAAAGAACUUGGAGAAACAGAUGCUCGCCUUGCAGUCACAGCUGGCUGAUGCUAAGAAAAAGGUAGAUGAUGACUUGGGAACCAUUGAAGGCUUGGAGGAAAAUAAGAAGAAAUUAUUGAAGGACAUGGAGUCCUUAAGCCAGCGCCUAGAGGAGAAGGCAAUGGCUUAUGACAAACUGGAAAAGACAAAGAAUCGCCUGCAGCAAGAGCUGGAUGACUUGAUGGUAGAUCUAGAUCAUCAGCGCCAGAUUGUUUCUAACUUGGAGAAGAAGCAGAAGAAGUUUGAUCAGAUGCUGGCAGAAGAAAAGAACAUUUCUGCCAGAUAUGCAGAGGAAAGAGAUCGUGCUGAAGCAGAAGCAAGGGAGAAGGAAACCAAAGCACUGUCUCUGGCUCGGGCUUUGGAAGAAGCCCUGGAAGCUAAGGAAGAAUUUGAAAGACAAAACAAACAGUUGCGUGCAGAUAUGGAAGACUUAAUGAGCUCUAAAGAUGAUGUGGGCAAAAAUGUCCAUGAGCUGGAGAAGUCAAAGAGAACUUUAGAGCAACAGGUUGAAGAGAUGAGGACUCAGCUUGAGGAACUGGAAGAUGAACUGCAGGCCACAGAAGAUGCUAAACUUCGUUUGGAGGUGAACAUGCAAGCUAUGAAAGCCCAGUUUGAGAGAGAUCUGCAAGCCAGAGAUGAACAGAAUGAAGAGAAAAAAAGGAUGCUGGUUAAACAAGUGCGAGAGCUGGAGGCAGAGCUGGAAGAUGAGCGCAAACAGAGGGCUUUUGCUGUGGCAGCCAAGAAGAAAAUGGAGAUGGAUCUGAAAGAUCUGGAAGGUCAGAUAGAAGCUGCAAACAAGGCUCGAGAUGAAGCAAUCAAACAGCUACGUAAGCUCCAGGCUCAAAUGAAAGACUACCAGCGGGAGCUGGAAGAAGCCCGUGCAUCCAGAGAUGAGAUCUUUGCACAGUCCAAAGAAAGUGAAAAGAAGCUCAAAGGUCUUGAAGCAGAAAUACUCCAGCUCCAAGAGGAGUUUGCUGCGUCUGAAAGAGCCCGUCGUCAUGCUGAGCAAGAAAGGGAUGAGUUGGCUGAUGAGAUUGCAAACAGUGCUUCAGGAAAGUCAGCGCUGCUGGAUGAGAAGCGCCGGCUGGAAGCUCGUAUUGCACAGUUGGAGGAAGAGCUCGAGGAAGAGCAGAGCAACAUGGAGCUUCUCAAUGAGCGGUUCCGAAAGACCACGCUGCAGGUUGACACACUUAAUUCUGAGCUAGCUGGGGAGCGGAGUGCUGCCCAGAAGAGUGAAAAUGCACGGCAGCAGCUCGAAAGGCAGAACAAAGAGCUGAAAGCCAAGCUGCAGGAACUGGAGGGAUCUGUGAAGUCUAAGUUCAAGGCAACAAUUUCUACUCUAGAAGCCAAGAUUGUGCAGCUGGAAGAACAGCUUGAGCAAGAAGCCAAGUAAGGGAAAAAAAAAAUUGUUUAAUAAUUAUGGAAGAAAUUGAAAGAAGUCUUCAUGCAGGUGGAGGAUGAGCGUCGACAUGCAGACCAGUACAAGGAGCAGAUGGAAAAAGCAAAUGCCAGAAUGAAGCAGCUCAAACGCCAGCUGGAGGAGGCCGAAGAGGAAGCCACACGUGCAAAUGCUUCCCGACGUAAACUUCAGCGUGAGCUGGAUGAUGCCACAGAGGCUAACGAGGGCCUGAGCCGAGAGGUCAGCACCCUGAAGAACAGACUAAGGAGGGGGGGCCCCAUCACCUUCUCCUCGAGUCGAUCUGGGCGGCGCCAGCUGCACAUCGAAGGGGCCUCGCUGGAGCUCUCGGACGAUGACGCGGAGAGCAAAGGCAGCGACGUGAACGAAGCGCAGCCGGCCCCUGCUGAGUAGAGCCCCAUCACACCCUUUGCAUGCAGAGACCUUUACACGACAGUCGGCAGGAGGAGGAGGACUUCCCUGACCACCAAACUGCCUUGUGGCCGUAAACCUGCCUU